UCCUGAUCCCUUCUCCACGUUUGUUGGCUCUCUGCACUGCCAUGGCUGUUUCAUGCUCUUACAGGACGGGAGCUGCAUGCUGGGCAAGCACACCUGCACAACCGCUCCGGGGGAAUCCUGCUUUACCCGCAAAAUCACCGUAGCAGGUGUUAUCAACCGUGUGGAGCGGGGCUGCACGUCAGUCUGCGAGAACACGGAUGUCCAGGAAGACUUCUACCAGGACAGCACCCAGUGCUGCAAAGACCAGGAUUUCUGCAACGUCCACAACCCCUUCCCCAAAUUCACCGAUUAUGCCUAGGGGGAGGAAAUGAGCUCUACCCUCUGGCC